UUUCCAUAGCAGCAGCAGCAGCGCUCCCUGCAGCCCCCCCUUGCCCUUCCCCCCGCCCUCCAGGAUGGGCUCCUGCCGGGCAGGUCGGGCUGGCUGCCGGUGCGGGGGAUGGAGAAGCGGUUUGGGCAGCUUGUCGCGGCCCGAAGAGGCGGAGACCUGGUCUUUGAUUGGCCCCCUUUGCUAAGCAGGGUUGCCUUGGUUUGCAUUGGGAUGGGAGACUCCCUGGAGCUCGACUGUUUCUGUACAUAUUCAGUUUGUAUGACGAAAUGACUACACAAUACAGUAUUCUCUUCAAGCAAGAACAAGCACAUGAUGAUGCCAUCUGGUCAGUUGCAUGGGGGAGAAAUAGAAACGAUGGUUCUGAAACUGUAAUCUCGGGCUCGCUGGAUGAUCUGGUGAAAGUCUGGAAAUGGAAUGAGGAGAAGCUGGACCUCAAGUGGACUUUAGAAGGCCAUCAGCUGGGCGUGGUAUCAGUGGAUAUUAGCCACACCGGUACCAUUGCAGCAUCCAGCUCUUUAGAUGCUCACAUCCGCAUUUGGGACUUAGAAACAGGCAAACAGAUCAAGUCAAUAGAUGCCGGACCAGUUGAUGCCUGGUCACUGGCUUUUUCUCCCGAUUCCCAGUAUGUUGCAACAGGGAGCCACAUAGGGAAAGUCAACAUUUUUGGUGUUGAGACGGGGAAAAAGGAAUACUCCUUGGACACUAGAGGCAAAUUCAUCUUGAGCAUUGCAUAUAGCCCAGAUGGAAAAUAUUUGGCCAGUGGAGCGAUCGAUGGUAUUAUCAAUAUUUUUGAUAUUGCAACUGGAAAACUGCUGCACACGCUGGAAGGCCACGCCAUGCCUAUCCGUUCCCUGACAUUCUCUCCAGAUUCCCAGUUACUCGUCACGGCAUCAGAUGACGGCUACAUCAAAAUUUAUGAUGUACAGCAUGCAAACUUGGCGGGUACGCUGAGUGGCCAUGGCUCCUGGGUGCUCAAUGUUGCGUUUUGUCCCGAUGACACCCAUUUCGUCUCCAGCUCGUCUGAUAAAAGUGUGAAAGUUUGGGAUGUGCCUUCUAGGACCUGCGUUCAUACCUUCUUUGAUCAUCAGGACCAGGUUUGGGGUGUGCAAUACAAUGGAAAUGGUUCCAAAAUUGUAUCAGUUGGUGAUGAUCAAGAAAUCCAUAUUUAUGACUGUCCAAUUUGAGUACCCCCAGAUUAUUCUGGUAGCAACAAAUGCAGCUUAAGUGUGUAUAUGUAUUUUGAUAAGGUUCUUUUAUGCGUCAAGAAAAAUGUUUGAGCAAAAGUAAAUAGAAUAAUUAUAUACAUAAGCUUGUAAGAAUUUUGACAUUUUAUGUUUAAACAUCCUUAUUCUUAUUUUAAGUGACUUGUGUUGUGUUUGGAAAGGAUAAAGAGGAAUCCCUCCCUCCAAUAGGCAUGAGACAUAAAAGCUGACUUUGUUACCCAGA